AUGGAGUCUUAUACGGAGCCACAUGGUGAUUUUAGGCCCCCCUUCCAUCUAUAUCCACCUCGGCCAGCGGGUAGUGUCUCACCACAGGUGCAGGGACUACAGUUUGAUCGUUAUAGUAAGUCAGGACCAGGACGACAUGAUUCAAAGGCAUUCCCUGAUGUUGUUACAGGAAUUCACCCAGAAAGGGAAAUUGAUCUCGCUAUAGACUUGCUUCCUGAUACACAACCUAUAUUGAUUCCUCCCUAUAGAAUAACAGCUGCAGAGCUAAGAGAAUUGAAGGAACAACUGAAGGACUUGCUCGAUAAAGGAAUUCCCUCAGAAAGGGAAAUUGAUCUCGCUAUAGACUUGCUUCCUGAUACACAACCUAUAUUGAUUCCUCCCUAUAGAAUAGUAGCUGCAGAGCUAAGAGAAUUGAAGGAACAACUGAAGAACUUGCUCGAUAAAGGCUUUAUCGUACUUCCCCAUGGGGUGCCCCAGUGGUCUUUGUUCGAAAGAAAGAUGGAUCCUUACGGAUGUUCUGGUUACCAUCAGCUACGAGUCAUGGAAGUUGAUAUCCCAAAAACAACAUUUAGGAUGAGGUUAUAUGCUAAAUUCUCUAAAUGUGAUUUUUGGCUUACUUUUGUCGCUUUUCUUGGUCAUGUUAUUACAAGUGAGGGUAUUAAGGUUAAUGAACAAAAGAUUGAAGCAGUGAUGACUUGGCCGAAGCCCUUGAAUCCAACGGAGGUUCGUAGUUUUUUAGGCUUGGCAGGGUAUUACCGAAGAGGUGUUAUCCUUAAGAAUAUGGCAGAAUCUUCCUUUGUGACUGAAGUGAAAAGGUGGCAACAUGAAGAUCCUGAGCAUAGAAAAUUGAGGGAAAAGAUUCCACAGCAGCAACAACCCUUGUUUGAGCUAACUGGAGAUGGAGUCCUUAGAUACCAGGGUCGCUUAUGUGUACCAUCAGUUAGAGAGCUCCGUAAAAAUAUUCUUUUAGAGGCCCAUUAUUCUAGAUAUGCAUCUCACCCUGGAGCGACGAAGAUGUAUCAGGACCUUCGACAGAUCUAUUGGUGGAAUGACAUGAAAAAAGAUAUUGUGGAGAUGGUAGCUGAAUGUCCCAACUGCCAACAAGUUAGAGCAGAGCAUCAGAGGCCUGGAGGCCUAACCUAG